GGUUGCUGCUGAGGUCACUUCCGGCGGGUGACGGUGCGGACGGGUCAGAAGCGUAGAGGCGGCGGCAAAAUGGCGGCGCCUGAGGAGCGGGAUCUAACCCAGGAGCAGACAGAGAAGCUGCUGCAGUUUCAGGUUGCUGUUUGAACCCCUGGAGAAAGAUGACAUGGACAGAGAGAAGGGACUAAAGGAGCUAUAUGCAUGGCCAGUGGAGGAAGAAAUGAUCCCUUUCUACUUUUGUACAGAUGAUCUGACUGGCAUAGAAUCUAUGGAUCAAUGUCGCCAUACCUUGGAACAGCAUAACUGGAACAUAGAGGCUGCUGUACAGGACCGAUUGAAUGAGCAAGAAGGUGUACCAAGUGUGUUCAACCCACCUCCAUCCCGACCCCUGCAAGUUAAUACAGCUGACCACAGGAUCUACAGUUAUGUUGUUUCGAGACCACAACCAAGGGGGCUGCUUGGAUGGGGUUAUUACUUGAUAAUGCUUCCAUUCCGGUUUACCUAUUACACAAUACUUGAUAUAUUUAGGUUUGCUCUUCGUUUUAUACGGCCUGACCCUCGCAGCCGGGUCACUGACCCCGUUGGGGACAUUGUUUCAUUUAUGCACUCUUUUGAAGAGAAAUAUGGGAGGGCACACCCUGUCUUCUACCAGGGAACGUACAGCCAGGCACUUAAUGAUGCCAAGCGGGAGCUUCGCUUCCUUUUGGUUUAUCUUCAUGGAGAUGAUCACCAGGACUCUGAUGAGUUUUGUCGCAACACACUCUGUGCACCUGAAGUUAUUUCCCUAAUAAACACUAGGAUGCUCUUCUGGGCAUGCUCUACAAAUAAACCUGAGGGAUAUAGGGUCUCACAGGCUUUACGAGAGAACACCUACCCGUUCCUGGCCAUGAUUAUGCUGAAGGAUAGGAGAAUGACUGUGGUGGGACGGCUAGAAGGCCUCAUUCAACCCGAUGACCUCAUUAACCAGCUGACAUUUAUCAUGGAUGCAAACCAGACUUACCUGGUGUCAGAACGCCUUGAAAGGGAAGAACGAAACCAGACCCAGGUGUUGAGACAACAGCAGGAUGAGGCCUACCUGGCCUCUCUCAGGGCUGACCAGGAGAAAGAAAGGAAGAAACGAGAGGAGCGGGAGCGGAAACGGCGGAAGGAGGAGGAGGUGCAACAGCAGAAGUUGGCAGAGGAGAGGCGGCGGCGGAAUUUACAAGAGGAAAAGGAAAGGAAGUUGGAGUGCCUGCCCCCGGAGCCUUCGCCUGAUGACCCUGAAAGUGUCAAGAUCAUUUUCAAAUUACCCAACGAUUCUCGAGUAGAGAGACGAUUCCACUUUUCACAGUCUCUAACAGUAAUCCACGACUUCUUAUUUUCCUUGAAAGAAAGCCCGGAAAAGUUUCAGAUUGAAGCCAACUUUCCCCGGCGGGUGCUGCCCUGCAUCCCUUCAGAAGAGUGGCCCAACCCCCCCACGCUGCAAGAAGCAGGACUCAGCCACACAGAAGUUCUUUUUGUUCAGGACCUAACAGAUGAAUGACAUUUUUUCUUCCUCUCCCCUCCUACCCUAAUCCCUAAAAGAAAUGGAAAA